AUGAUUUUAACUCGAGAUGAUAUCGAUCCGUGUAAAUUAUGUAAUGUACUUGCUCCAAUAUUCAUAUGCGGCUUUUUCGGCAAUAUCAUUUGUAUAAUCGUUUUUCUUCGUCGUCGCUUUCGUGUACGUUCAAUUAGCGUUUAUUUUAUUGCUUUAUUUUUCAUUGACUGUAUGCUUCUAUUCAUUUCACACGUGGCAAAAAUGUUAAUCUUUGGUGCUGCCGAGUCUUGUUGGUUUAAUAUAUUUCUCUCGAAAUUCAUCGAUUUGAUACGUUAUAAAGAUAUGCUCGAUCACGGAGUUCUCUCCGUACUGACGUAUAACACAACGUACACGCAAAUUUCCAUGUUAAUCUUCAUGUUCAUGUCUAUCCAACGUGUGAGAACAUUCUCGUCGAUAUCAUAUCGUGAGAGUCGCAUGUGUGCAUUCAUGUUAACGUUGAUUGCAUUCGUCUAUGGGAUUAUCGUGUCAUACAUGCAACUAUAUGAUGGAUUUUGUAUAAAACAACUGGAUCUCACUAAAGAGCAAACUAAUACUAUUGAUACAUUAAUGGACGACGCACAAUACGCAUACGACAAGCAAUGUUUACCAAAAUCUUUCAGUAACAUAUCAGUAUUCGAUUCUACUACUAUUUAUCAUCAUUAUUCAACAUCAUCCGAAACGAAUGAAUCGUUGAAUAGUAGUAUUGAUCCAAUGUGUCACGUCAAACCCGAUUGGCAUCGUACACGUCAUCAGACUGUUGCAUAUGUUUAUCUUCAAUCAUAUAUGUCAAUUGAUUGGCCAGAUGAAUAUGCUAAUCGUUCGAUGUGUGAUGUUGACUAUAAACUGUCGGAUCAUCUUCUUUCAGCAAUCAAUAAUUUAACUCGGCCAUGGUUACAAUCACGUCCAGGCAAAGACUACUUUCUCGAACAUCAAUUUUGCGCUCAAUCGUUUCAUUUCAUUGAAUCGUACGCGAAUUGCUCGUUUCCAUUGUCAGCAAAAACAUUUCAAAAGUAUUAUCAGUUUCUCUACGAUCGCCGUCUAUCAUUAAAAAAUCGUUAUACCAUCGGCUUUAUCAUCGGAACAUUUAUACCUUCAUUUAUAUGUAUUUUAUCAUCAUUCAUAUGUCUUUAUUACAUAGCUAAUCAACCAUUAAUUCUCGAGAUUUUACUAAGUCUGAUGAGUGCAUUGCAGUCCUAUAUAAUUAAUUUUUUUACUUGCCAUGGUUUACUAUUUCGUAUGCAAUCAGAUAAUUGUUACGGCCCGUCAAGUAAUAAUAUUCUACCGAUGUUUCUCGGCAGCAUUUUGGAAUUGUUUACAUCGACUUCUAACAUUCUGAUCUUGAUGAUAUGCGGCGCACAAUUUCGUAAUGAGUUAAUCGAAAUUCUACAUUUGACCAAGUUUUUUUCCAAAGAAAAACAACGGCAAAGUCGAACAGACGAAAGUAAAAUCACUGUACAUAGGCCAUCUGCAGCGACAUUACCACUUCGAAUAACCCUCCCAUCACCAUUGAUACACAAAGACCUGACUAAACGACUGACUAAUUCUCACGAUCCAUCCAUGGAAUCAUUUCUCAUGUCAGGGCAUAACAAAGAUGAUCUGAGUGUGACGGAAACAGAGCAACAGUCCGAAGAGACAAGCCUGUGUUUAAUAAAGUUAACCAGUGUGUAA